UCACAGCCGGGCCUCAUCUGGACAUGUAGAAAAUCCUGGUUUUGAACCUGGCAGGAAGAAAGUGUUGACAGUUCAAAGAUCACAGGAGUGGGGCGUCCAGUGACAGUGGCAGCAGAGAGGCGCAGCUCUGGUUCUGGAAACACUGAAGGAGAAGCCAUGGCGGGGUUUGCCCCCCAGGACUCCUGGCGACAGCGUGUUUGCUCUGGCCGGAGGGUGACUUUCAUCCUGCUGGGACUUCUUGUUGUUGUUACCCUCUCCAUCAUCGCCUUUGGCUUUGUGGGGCGCAACUACAGUGCAGCCUUGCAGAGCAUGGAGGAAGAUGUGAAGGGCGUCAAUCGCACGAUUGUGGCAGAAUUAGCCGCUCUGGAGCAAAAGAAGGCCAACAGCUUGAAAACUCUGCUAAAGGUCGAGCAGAUGGUGAAAAAUCUGAGUGAAGAAGCAAAAGAGGUGAAGACCCAGUUCCAGGACCAGAUCACCAAGCUACAGGCCACCCUCCAGAAGCUGAACUGCGACCUGGAGGACACGAAGCACAACCGGACAGGGCCGCAAAGGGCUUGCUGCCCCAAGGGGUGGCAUCUGCUUGGGAAAAGCUGCUACUGGGUCUCCGCGGCCCAGAAGACCUGGAACGAUGCCAAAGAAGACUGCGAAGGGAAAAAUGCCCACCUGGUGAUCAUCACCAGCUACUCAGAGGGGCAAUUUGUGUCUGCGCUGACCAAGCCACGCGUCACUUGGAUCGGUCUGAAGUACAGUAGCGACACCUGGAAGUGGGUGGACGGGACAACAUACACUCUGCGCAGAAUCGACUGGAGACCCAGGCAGCCGAACAUGUUCACCCCCAGGGCCCAGAACUUCGCUUACUGCGUGAUGCUCUACCGAGACGGUCUGUGGAGUAAUGAAUACUGCAACACCCCAAUUCACUGGUUGUGUGAAAUGCAGGUGAAGCAGUGAGCAAAACAGGGGCUGCCGUGACGAGGACAGCGCAGAGCCCCUGCUAGAUACUUCGAGCAAAUAAAUCCAAUGCUGCUGCAAAAACCCACGGUAGAAAUAGGCUUU